GUCUGUCUGAUGAGUGCGUAAGCACGAAACUCGGAGUUACAGUGAACAUGUCUCGUCUUUAAUCCAAUCUUUACUAACUGAACUGUGCCACUAGAAAACUGCACGAUCAUAUCAUCCACGGCGAUGAAUUCUACAUGGAUCACACUAGUUCUUACUGGACUGCUUGGGACAGCAUACGCCACAGGUGGCGCCAGUUGGGGUUAUGGAAAGACCAACAAACAAGCGUAUGGUCCAAGGGACUGGGGAGAAGUUUCACAAUACUGUAACGGUCGUUCCCAGUCUCCUAUCAACAUCAUUCGAAGGAAAGCCGUCCGGAAAAAUCUCCGUCCUCUUAUUGUUGAGUUUGAAAACGAACAAGGGGAGGUGACGGGAACAUUCAGCAACAAUGGACACUCUCCGACAUUUACUGUGGAUAAAGCUCAAGGUGGAGCAAGCGUUGUGAAUCCGAUUGAUGAACAAAAAUUCAUUUUGGAUCAGUUUCACUUCCACUUUGGCUGUGCAGACUAUUCUGGGUCUGAGCAUACUGUUAAUGGUAGAGCAUAUGCAGCAGAGAUGCAUAUGGUGUUUUACAAUUCCAAAUACGACAACGCAGGAGAUGCAGCGACAAAACCAGAUGGUUUGUUGGUGAUCGGAACAUUUUUACGUAAGAGCAAGACUGCAUCAAAAGAACUUACAAAACUGGCUCAUUCAUUGCCGAACAUCAAAACAGAAGGAAGCGAAGUGAACGGGAUUCAGGUAAAACUGGAUAGCCUUUUUCGUGGUUUGUCGUCUGGUAACAGAUCAUACUACACAUACAAAGGAUCACUGACCACCCCUGGAUGCUACGAGUCUGUUAGAUGGGUGGUACUCAAGACUCCUAUUAGCAUUGACAAACGAGUACUGAAGAACUUUAGACUUUUGCAAGCUACACAUGGCUACCAUCACGGGAAAUUGUGCAACAACUACAGACCMACCCUACCCCUCAAUGGGCGAAAAGUUCAGUUGAAAGGCUGAACAUCAAAUGCCUUGUAGGGAUUUUAUUAGGAAUGUUUUCAAAAGCUCUUUAUCAAUUGAUUCAAUAUUUCAUCACAAGUCACCAGGCGACUAAAAGAAGUACACCUUACGGCCUCAGAACCCAUGAGUUGCUCGCAGACCUCUGAAUCGC